AUGGCAGGACUUAACUACGUCAACUUCAACCAGGACCACAGUCUGUUGGCUGUGGCGACCUCCCGUGGCCUUCGCAUCUACGGGACCGACCCAUUCGAGCUCACGAACCACUCCUACGAAGAGGACAUAUCGCUCGUCGAACAGCUGUUCUCCACCUCCCUCGUUGCGAUAGUAUUAACGCCGCGGUUGCUGAGAAUAGUCAACACAAAGAAACACUCCACAAUAUGCGAACUCACCUUCCACGGCAUGGUGGUGGCUGUCAAGAUGAACCGCAAGCGCCUGGUCGUCAUGCUCGAAGAAAUCGUCUUCAUUUACGACAUCAGCAACAUGAAGCUGCUGCACCAACAAGUCACGCCCCUCAACCCCGGCGGCAUCUGCGCAGUCUCGCCUAAUUCCGACCACAACUACCUCGCCCUGCCGCACUACCAAAAACAACCGUCCAACAACACGCCCUCGCAAUCGCACGUCCCGAAGUCUGUCAUAAAGGAGCCCAUAAGUGGCGACGUCCUCCUCUACGACCUCAACAAAAUGGAAGAAGUUACAGUUAUCCAAGCCCACCAGACCCCGCUCUCCUACAUCGCCAUCAACAACGACGGCACCCUCAUGGCCACGGCGUCUGAGAAAGGCACCGUCGUGCGUAUCUUUUCUUUACCAGAGGGCAAGAAGCUCUACCAGUUCCGCCGCGGCAGCAUGCCCGCCCGCAUCUACUGCAUGAGCUUCAACGCCACGUCGACCUUGCUGUGUGUUUCUUCGGCGACGGAGACCGUGCAUGUCUUCAAGUUGGCACCUCCUGGCUCCCUGCCCUCCAACGGCAACACCUCUAAUACUGCGACCUCCCCAACCUCACCCCCCGACUCCCCCUCCUUCUCCCGCCGCGACCGCUCAACCUCUCCCUCCGCCUCCGCAACCUCCUCAACCCUAAACGACGAUCCUACCUCCCCCUCCGCCCCGUCUUCCACCAGCGCAGCACGGCAGCAACCGGGCUUCAUGUCCCUCCUCCGCCGCACCUCCCAAGGCGUCUCCACCUCCCUCGUCUCGCGCGCGGCAAACUACCUCCCCAGCUCCGUGACCGAGAUCUGGGAGCCCCAGCGGGACUUCGCAUGGCUACGGAUUCCGCGCGGAGCGAACGGACAGCCGGUACGAUGUGUGGUUGCGAUGGGGGAGCGGGUGCCGCAGGUGAUGGUCGCGACCGAGGGGGGGGAUUUUUAUGUUUUUAGUGUGGAUUUGGAGAGGGGUGGGGAGGGGGUGAUGGUUAGGCGGUUUGAGUAUGUAUGA